CCCAGCUGCUCCCCCCUGGAGAGCUUUGGGGAGCAGAUUAUUCUCAGGGAGAGAGACCACAAGGCACGCUGUGUCUUCUGGAUCUUUCCACAGCAUGGGGAGCUACAAACUUCUUCCCUCCAGUCUGAUUUUCUUCCUCCUGUUUCUUGUCCCCACCAAGGCCUCCACGCCUGCGCAACCGCAGUACAUGGUGCUGGUGCCCUCGCUGCUGCACGCGGGCGCCCAGGAGACGGGCUGCGUGCUGGUGAGGAACCUCAACGAGACGGUGACCGUGAGAGCCGCCCUGGAGUCCAUCAGGGAGAACAGGAGCCUGUUCCGCGACCUGACGGUGGAGAAGGAUGUGUUCGACUGUGUCAAGUUCACGAUUCCACCGAUUCCCACCAGCGAGGUCAUGUUUCUCACCAUCCAAGUGAAGGGAGAAACUCACGAAUUCAAGAAGCGCAGCACGGUGAUGAUCAAAAACAAGCAGAGCAUGGUCUUCGUCCAGACAGACAAGCCCAUCUACAAACCCGGGCAGACAGUGCAAUUUCGUGUGGUCUCAUUGGAUGACACUUUUCGCCCCCUGGAUGAGGUGAUUCGACUGCUAUACAUUCAGGAUCCCAAAGGGAACCGCUUGGCGCAGUGGCAGAAUCUCCAGCUGGACACCGGGCUCCAGCAGCUGGCCUUCCCCCUGGCCACCGAGCCCCCACUGGGCUCCUACAGCAUCACCGUGCAAAUGGAGUCGGGGGUCACCGUCAGGCACCAUUUCACCGUGGAGGAAUUUGUGCUCCCCAAGUUCGAAGUGCAAGUAACAAUGCCAAAGGUUAUCACCAUCAUGGAACAAGAAUUGAACGUCUCCGUGUGUGGCUUGUACACCUUCGGCAAGCCGGUCCCUGGCCUCGGGACGCUGCAGGUCUGCAGGGAGUACGUGGAGCCUUCCUCGUGCCAUGGCAGGGAGUCGGAAGCCUUCUGCGAGACAUUCAGUCAUCAGCUAAACAGCAACGGCUGCUUCACCCAGCUGGUGAAAACCAAAGGCUUCCAGCUGAGGAGACAGGAGUACGAAAUGAGACUGGAAGCCGAGGCCAAGAUCCAAGAAGAAGGCACAGGCGUGGAAUUAAAGGGCAAAGCAUCGAGCUCAAUCACAAGAACCAUCACCAAAGUCUCCUUUGUCAGAGUGGACUCACACUUCAGACCCGGGAUCCCCUUCUUCGCGCAGGUGCGCUUAACGGACGGCAAAGGGGUCCCGAUGCCCAACAAGAUCGUCUUCAUCACAGCGAAUGAAGCCAAGCACCAGUCCAACGCCACCACGGACGAGCAGGGCCUGGUUCAGUUCUCCAUCAACACCACGGGCAUGACGGGAAAGUCCCUCACUGUAUCGGUGAAGCACCAGGACCACCGCCCCUGCUACGGCGGCUACCACUGGCUGAGCGAGGAGCACGCCGACGCGCAGCACACGGCCCGCCCCGUGUUCUCCCUGAGCAACAGCUACGUGCGCCUGGAGCCGGCGCCGGGCCGGCUGCCCUGCCACCGGGAGCACCGCGCGCAGGCGCACUACGUCCUCAGCCGCGAGCUCCUCCCCCAGCUCAGCGAGCUGGUCUUCUACUACCUGAUUGUGCGCGCGUCCCCGCAGGUGUACGAUCUGCUGCCCGUGAAGGAUCUCACCGGCUUCCCCAGCGGGCUGGCCCCGCACGGGGAAGACACGGGCGAGUGCGUGGACCGCCAGAACGUGUACAUCCACGGCAUCCUCUACUCCCCGGUCUCCAACUCAGACGAAAAGGACAUGUACAUGUUCCUGAAGGACAUGGGCUUAAAGGUGUUCACCAACUCCAAGAUUCAUAAACCCAAAGUGUGCGCCCAGCCUCCACAGUACGAAGUGCAAUAUUCAAGAUAUGUCCAGGUGAAACUGGAACCUUCUCCCAGCUUCACGUCCACCCUUCUGGAUGCAAAACAGGACUCCCACUGUGUGUGUGGGCACGGCCGCGUCACGCUGUCCUGGGCAGUGAUCCCCAACAAGCUGGGAACCAUGAAUAUCACCGUGAGCGCAGAAACAGUGGAGUCCCCCCAGCCCUGUGACAACGAGGUGGCCAUAGUCCCCGAGCAGGGCAGCAAGGACACCGUCAUCAGAUCCCUGCUGGUGGAGCCCGAAGGACUGGAGAGAGAAAUAAUGACCAACUCCCUGCUGUGUCCCUCAGAUGCUGAGCUAUCAGAGCAGAUUUCCCUGACGCUUCCAGAAAACGUGGUGGAAGAUUCUGCCCGGGCCUCGGUGUUCGUGUUGGGAGAUAUCUUAAGUUCGGCCAUGCAAAACACCCAGAACCUCCUCCAGAUGCCGUUCGGCUGCGGCGAGCAGAACAUGGCUCUCUUCGCGCCCAACAUCUAUGUGCUCGAUUACCUCAACGAGACGCAGCAGCUCACCAAGGAGCUGGAGACCAAAGCCCUCGGCUAUCUGAGCGCAGGCUACCAGCGCCAGCUGAACUACAGGCACCAAGACGGCUCGUUCAGCACCUUCGGGGAGAGGCACGGCCGGCCCCAGGGCAACACCUGGCUCACAGCCUUCGUGCUGAAGACGUUCGCGCGAGCGCGGCGCUACAUCUUCAUAGACGAGCUGCACAUCACGCGGGCGCUGCAGUGGCUGUCCCGGGGGCAGAAAGACAACGGCUGCUUCACCAGGUCCGGCUCGCUGCUCAACAACGCCAUGAAGGGCGGCGUGGACGACGAGGUGACACUGUCGGCCUACAUCGCCAUCGCGCUGCUGGAGAUGCCGCUGCCGGUCACCCACCCCGUGGUCCGCAAUGCCCUCUUCUGUCUGGAAAUGGCGUGGGGCACCGCGAAGGAGGGAGCCCACGGGAGCCACGUGUACACCAAGGCCCUCCUGGCCUACGCCUUCGCCCUGGCAGGAAACGAGGAGAAGAAGAAAGAGCUGCUGGCAUCGCUCGAGGCGGAAGCUGUGAAGGAAGGGGACUUGAUGCACUGGACGCGGCCACAGAAGCCCAGCGCGCCCGUGGGGCGGUGGUACCAGGUGCAGGCCCCCUCGGUCGAGGUGGAGAUGACGUCCUAUGUCCUGCUCGCCCUCCUCACGGCCCGGCCGGCCCCGGGCCCCGACGCCCUGACCACCGCCACCAAGGUGGUCCGGUGGCUCACGAAGCAGCAGAAUGCCCAGGGCGGGUUCUCCUCCACGCAGGACACAGUAGUGGCUCUCCAGGCCCUGUCCCGCUACGGGGCGGCCACCUUCUCCAGGACGGGUAAGGCCGUGCAGGUGAGCAUGGAAGGCCUGGACUUCUCCGCACAGUUCCAGGUGAACGACCAGAACCGGCUGGUACUACAGCAGGCUGCUCUGCCACGGGUCCCGGGGCAGUACAAAAUGUCCGUGUCGGGACAAGGCUGCGUCUUCAUCCAGACAUCCUUGAGAUACAACAUCCUCCCGGGGAGGGAAGAUCUCCCGUUCACUUUGGAGGUGCACACGGAGCCCCCAACAUGCGACGGCCCGAAGGCUCACACCAGCUUCCGCCUGGUGCUCAACGUCAGUUACGUCGGGACCCGGCCUGCCUCCAACAUGGCCAUCAUUGACGUGAAGAUGCUGUCCGGCUUCAGCCCCAUGAAGGCCACAGUGAAAAUGCUUGAGCGAUCCAGCGUCGUGAGCCGGACGGAGGUCAGCAGCAACCACGUCCUCAUUUACCUGGACAAGGUGACGAGAGAGGCCGUGAAGCUGUCCUUCGAGGUCGCGCAGGACGUGCCCGUGAGCAACCUGAAGGCCGCCAUGGUGAAGGUCUAUGACUACUACGAGACGGACGAGUUUGCCGUUGCCGAGUACAACGCCCCCUGCAACAACGUCCACGAAAAUUCUUGAGGACGGACGGAAUGAGUGAGCAGCGAGUCCCUGCGCUCAGAACUUCACAGGAACUCUUCAAAUAUAUGUACAUGUUUUAUAUCUCUAAAGAUCUGACAGCCAGGCGCAGCAGCUCACACCUGUAAUCCCAGCUACUCAGGAGGCAGAGGUCUGAGAAGCGCGAUUCAAAGC